AUGGCCACUUCAACGACCGCACUCAGCCAUAAUGCCUCCUCUCUGCCACCGGGGACCGUCCUCUUGAGCAAUUAUGGGGAGGCUACAGAAUCGACCUCCUUCGUUGUUUCGCCUACUCCAACCUCGGACCCAAACGAACCUCUGAACUGGACCAAAUGGAGAAAGUGUGUGAACUACGGUUUGAUUAUGGCUGUAACGGUAGCCGCUUUCACGAACCUUUCCAUUCAAACCGUCUUUUGGCAGCAAAUGACAGUUGAUCUUGAUCUUUCAAUCAGUCGGCUCAGCCAGGGGCAGUCAGCCCAACUGGCGGGUCUAGCAACUGGAUGCAUCUUCUUCAUACCGUUUACCGUCAAGUACGGUCGGCGGUCUACGUAUCUGGUUUCCACUGCCGUAUUAGCAGCCGCUGCAUGGUGGACAGCUUCCAUGCACACAUAUACUGAGAUGAUCAUCACAAACAUCAUCACUGGACUGGCCGGCGCGAUUAACGAGACUGCUGUGCAGAUGACUAUUGCCGAUCUGUUUUUCUUACAUCAGCGAGGAUCUGCUAAUGGACUUUAUUUCACCGCUGUUAUGAUAGGCAGCUUCCUCACUCCCUUGGUCGCAGGCGCACAAGCCGCCACCCAGGGAUGGCGCUGGUCAUAUUACUAUCUUUCUAUUGCACUUACGAUACUCUCUCUCCUGUUUGCUUUUCUGUACGAGGAGACCAAAUACACCCCAGCCGUCAUCAGCCAGCAUCAAAGGACCAAUGUCACCUCACAAGAUCACGAAAACGAUGUAUCGAAGGUUAUGAGUGCAGCGGAGAGCAGUUUCGAGCUGAAUGAUGCGCAGUUCUACGCCGCAUCAAGCGUGAGAAUCAACACAUACCGUGAGAGGAUGCGCCUUCUGUCUACUACACCAGAAUCUCUGACACAACUCUUUAUCCUGCCGCUCCAUGUCAUCACACUCCCGCAUGUCAUGUUUACUGCUCUCCAGCUUGCUUCGGGUGUUUCUUGGCUUAUUAUGUACAUGUCUGUUGUUUCCGUCGUCUUUUCGGCACCACCUUACAACUUUAACACUCAGUCAGUUGGUCUUAUGACUCUGGGUCCCUUUGUAGGGAACCUUUUGGGUAGUUUAUAUGGCGGUCCGUUCGCUGAUUGGGCUGUCAUGCGUCUUUCCAAGAAGAACGGAUGGCUGUAUGAGCCCGAAAUGAGAUUGUAUCUCUUGUUUCUACCCGUAAUUAGCAUGGCAGGUGGGAUAAUGAUGUUCGGAAUUACAUCAGACCGAGGCAUGCACUGGAUCUUCCCAAGCAUCGGCGGCGCGCUUUUUGCCUUUGGGCUUGGUGCGAACGGUGAUAUUACCUUUACCCUCGUUAUCGAUACAUAUAAAGAGCUCACCGGAGAGGCAUUUGUCGGUAUUGCGUUCAUUCGUAAUGCAGUCAGCGCGGGUGUCCCCUCGGCCCUUGUUCCCUGGAUGUCGAGCAUGGGCCUCACCAACAUGCAUAUCCUGAGCGGAGUGGUAUCACUUCUCAUUGGGCUUCUACAUGUCCCCUUUAUUAUCUGGGGUAAGCGGAUCCGAGCCGCUCUGGCGCCUCGAUAUUGGCGACUUGUGGAGAAGCGCAAAGCGAGUUAA